AUGAGAAUAUUCGAAGCAUAUCACUGUCGAUACAUGGGAUAUCAGGUUCUGACACGGUGCGACUCACUCGUCGAGUUCUCACAACUCAAGGAUUCGGCAAUUAAGACACUCACCAGCGAAAAGACAAAGUUGAUCGAGGAGAAAGAGAUUUCCAAUCAGAGAAACGCAGAUUUACUGGCGGACUCUGAGAAAGUGCAUGAAACCAUCGAUGAACUAAAGAAUCAGAUCGUCUUUAAAACACAGAUUUGCGAGUCUCGUGAGAUGGAGAUGCUGAAUCUUCGCAAGGAGAAAGACUAUCUCCUGGAAAUCAUAGAGAAGAAUCAAUUGGAUACCAAUGUACAUUGUAACGGUGGCGGUGGUGGCAACAUCGAUAGCGGUGGAGUGUUAACCGCUGGCGGAGGAGUAGGAGUUGGAAGUGUAAAUAUUAGUUUGGUCAAUGGCAAUGGUAAUCACGGUAAGCACAACACAGAGUUGAGUUCCAUUCUAGACUACAGUAUCAAGUCUCUGCAGAACAAGAUAACCUCGCUGGAAUUCAACCAAUCGAUACUCGAUAAUGAGAGCAACAAGACAAAGAAAGAGAGUCAAACUCUACUGAAAUCCAUCGCUGAUCUAAAGAGUCAGCUGAAGGAGCAGGCCGAUCAAAUCGAACAACUCAACCAAAUCAUAGCAAAGCGCAAAACAAAGAGUAAAACGCAGAAGCAAUUACUCGAAGACAAACAGAAAUACGUAGAGGAUCAAGAGAAAGUACAAUUAAUUUUAAGAGAACAAAGAGAUCAAUUAGAAUCUCAAAUACAAGAGUUGAAAUCAAAUAUAAAUAAUAAUAACAAUAACAACAACAACAACAACAACAACAACAACAACAAUAAUAAUAAUAAUAACAAUAGUAAUAAUAACCAUAAUAGUUUAAGUAAUAUAAAUAUGAUAAAUAACAAUAAUAAUAAUAGUAGUUUAAAUAAUAUAAAUAGUAGUAGUAGUUUUAAUAAUCAUGAUGAUUCCGAUCAAAAUGGUGUGAGUUCUUCAGAGACGACAUCUACGCAUGAAGAAUCAACCAAAUCAAAUGCAAAUAUAUUUGAUUUCUUUAUAGGAAAAUCAAAUAGUGAUUCAAAAGGAAAGUCACCAUCGAAUAAAAAACAACAACAACAAUCAUCAAACAAUGUAAAUAGUAGUCGAACAUCAAACAAACAACAACAGCAACAACAACAACAAAAAACAACAACAGCAACUAAAGAUGGUAGUCCAAAAAUGAGAAUGAGAGGUUUUUCCAUGAUGGGAGGAAGAGAUUUUCAUUCCAAAUGCAUCAGAAUGAGAUAUCGAGUGCCGAGAUCAUCGAUGACUACACGUCGGAGAAACGCUCUAGUCAACUGGAAUCGACUUCAAUGGUCAAUCCCAUCGGUAACGGCAAUUAUCAAUCAAAAACCGAAAGAUUCUCAAUGA